UUGGAAUGUUUUAAGCGAUAGAAAAUGGAAGAACUUUCAGUGAAAAGCAAAGCUAACUUAAUAAGACUGGGCCGGAAGCAAAGCUCAGUGGGCUAAAAAGGCUUUUGUUGUGAAAAUAUCAAAGGCAACGCGAGAGACCUAACAUAUUUUCCGGCCAAACGAAAUCGAGCUAGAGGAGAGAGAGAGUGACGGCGAGGAAGAGAGAGAGAGAGAGAUGUGGUUCGGUGGCGGCGGAGGAGGAGGACUGAGAAAGCUCUGUAGAGCAUCAUCGGCUGUUUUUGAGAAUGAGAUUAGCAGCUGUAGCAAUUUGUUUGUGAGAUACAUGUCGAGAGAACGAGCUGUGAACGUCCGGAAGAUAAACCCAAAGGUUCCGAUCCCAGAGGCUAACCUCAUUGCCAAUUCUCUCUACAAUCUCUUUAAGCAACAUGGCCCUCUUUCCGUUCCCAACACUUGGCUCCGUGCUCAGGAAGCUGGGGUUAGUGGAUUGAACAGCAAAACGCAUAUGAAGCUAAUGUUGAAAUGGAUGAGAGGGAGGAAGAUGCUCAAGUUAAUCUGCAACCAAGCUGGUUCCUCCAAAAAGUUUUUCCACACCAUUUUGCCUGAAGAUCCUCUACAUGAUAUACCGAUUGCUGCUACUGAGAACAAAAAACAAGGCUUCAAGAGAAGAAGCAAAUAAGGAUUCCGCGAAGGAGUAGUUUUUGCCUUUGAGAGAGCAAAUCUCUGUAGACAAGUUGUUGGCUUUUUUUGUUGUCUUUAAGGAAGUGGAUGUGUUUGACUAUUUUCAUCUGUUUCUUGUCCUAGAGAAAACAUUAUAGUUGAGAUGGUGUAGAAAGAAAUUCUUGAGAAAGUCAGGACUUGUUUUGAUCUUUGCUCUCUUUUCUUGAAUAAAGAAA